AAACGAAACCGUUAAAAAUCUAACAAGGCUAAAAUACAAUCAUUAAUAUACACACACUAAAUACAAAAAGAGAUAAAAGCACUAUAUUUCUAUUGUAAUUAUCAUACUUAAAAAUAAGUGACGUCAGAAAAAAGCAAACGAAAAGCGCAAAACAAGUGUUGUGCUGUGUUCUUGUUGUUGUUAUAAACGUUGCCCCCAUAUAUGCGUGUUACAGUUGUUGUUGUGUUUGUGUUAAACAAAUAGUGCGCAAAGAAAACGCAAAAAAAUAUUGAAAAGAGGAAAAAAAAACGUUCACUCAAGUUGUUGGUAUAAUUUUGUUUGGGCACAACGCAUGCAAGUGAGCGCCAGGCCGAGAGCAGCGAACAGGAGAGCGCCCCAAAAUGUCCAAUAAUUUACAAACGGCCACUCUCGAGGAAAUACGCCAUGCAGCGGCGCGUAUAUGCCGAGACUAUCUAACUGGACGUUGGAAAGUUGUGACACCGGAACAACUAAUUGUAAAGCGCAUCAGUGGAGGUCUAUCCAAUUUCUUGUAUUACGUAAGUCUACCCGACUUUGACGAUUUCGAUGAGCAGCAGUUGUUGGAAUCGCAUGGAACGGCCAAGAAUCUUACAGACGUCAUAGUUGCCGCGACUUUGUCUAAAAAUAGUAGCGUGGCCCAAGAACAUGCAAGAAGCGUUGAAAACACGCCGAAGGGGGUCUACGAUUUGGCCACAGAACUGGCACAUGGCCAUCAACGUGCGGGCGUAGGCGUGGGUGCGGGUAUGGGUGUGGGUGUGGGGGCCGAUGAUGACGACGAUUUGGGGCUAGGCCUAGCCGUUAAGCAGGCACACAAACGUCAGCGUUUCGACAGCGAUAGCGGCGAUUCAAGUUCGCUGAAACGUUUGCACGCCCCCAAACAGGAACCUCGUGAGAUCUUGCUGCGAAUUUAUGGGCAAACGCACGGCGAGCACGCGUUGGAAAAUAUGAUCACAGAAUCUGUAGUAUUCGCACUGCUCAGUGAACGCAAUUUUGGACCCAAGCUACAUGGCAUAUUUCCCGGUGGACGCAUAGAGCAGUACAUACCGGCACGUUCCCUGGCCACCACCGAGCUGGGCGACUCGCGUAUAUCCAUGAAGAUAGCCGAGAAAAUGGGCGAAAUACAUAGCUUGAAUAUACCGAUGUCGAAGGAGCCGGAUUGGAUAUGGAAUUGCAUGGAGCGUUGGCUCAGGAGUCUGGACCGCAUUGUCAAGGGAAAGAUGAAGUCGGUGCCCGAUUCGAGUGUCCUGCAGAAGCAAAGGGAUUUGAUGCAGACCAUAGACUAUGUGCAGGAGAUGGCCUGGUUAAGGUCGGUGAUUGAGGCGGGCUCAUAUCCGGUGGUCUUCUGCCAUAACGACCUGCAGGAGGGGAACAUAUUAUUGCGACAGGCAGCUGCCAGCCAGGAGGCAACAUCCAUCAGCAGCUUGCGUUCCAACUUUGAUGAGACCUUGGGCGAUAGCUUGGAUGGCAAUGGGAAUGCGGACUCAGAGCAUAAGAAAUCGCCGAGCGUUUCGCCCUGCCACGAGCUGGACACCACGGAUGAUUCUGCGCUGGAUGACAGUUUCAUUUUGGAUCCAGAGCCGGAUCUGAUUAUCAUCGACUUUGAGUAUUGCGCCUAUAACUACAGGGGCUUCGAUUUGGCCAAUCAUUUCAUUGAGUGGACCUUUGACUAUACCAAUCCGGAAUUCCCCUACUUCUAUCACCGCAAGCAACAAUAUUCCACGCCGGAGCAGCGACGUGACUUCAUUGUCACCUAUUUGAGAAAGUAUCACGACGAUGAACACUAUGAGCCCCCCGUGGAGGUGCUGGAGACAGUGGAGGCCGAGAUACAGCUAUUUACCAUGUUCUCCCAUCUUUUCUGGAGUCUCUGGUCGGUGGUGAAUGUAACAUCAGCCAUAGAGUUUGGCUAUUGGGAAUAUGGAAUUGCGCGCAUUCUGGAGUAUCAGCAGCUGAAGGCGGCCUAUUUGGCCAAAUGAUAUAAUGUUACCAGUCCUGGGUCCAGGCUACGCUCUGCACUGAAAUCGAAUCGUAAAUCGCGUACUUAAGUGACCUUAACGAACACCAAACCCAAUGCACUGCACUACACGGCAUCAUAUCUAAUCUAAUCUAAUAAUUAGUUAUACUUAACGCAUAAGACAGCUUGAAUUUUUAAAUACAUGCACCAAUAAUUUGACUUGGAAGGCUGUAUGCACCCCAUACAUAAGUGUUAGGGCUAAGGAUAGCGCAAGCAUGUGCAGGUCUAUUGUAGCGCCUAUAUAGGGUAUAUAGUAGAACAUUUUUGUAGCUAAUUUAUAAUAAUGCUGAGAACGGAAAUUCAAGACGUAUUGUAGCUGUGAUUUUAAGCGUGAGAGAAAAAAGUCAACUAAACUUAAAAUUAUAUUUAAACCGAAUUCGAAUCUAACAUUUCACUUUUCAACUAGCCCGAAACUUGCUCUAGAACUGACUUUCUGCCCUUUUCUGCUCACCUAACAAAGUUCACACACACACACACACGGACAUACCGACAAAUUCGAAUUUAUUACUUGUUCGAAUCGAACUAUAGUACUUUAUUCACAAUAUUGGCAUUACAAUACUUAUAUAUUUCCACCAAAAACUGUUAACACAACUGGCAACAACAACAAUCGAAAACAAUAAAUUGUAAAAAUAUCUUUGUA